AUGCCAAGCAGUCAAAUUGCCGGCCAACCGCCCGCACAGCCACGGCAGCUUGCAACAUCUUCCACCACUGCCACCACCACUAAGAAUAGUAAUAAUGAUUCUAACCUCACCACCACCACGACCACAGUGGCGGCCACGAUAGUGGCGGAGAAUGCCCAGUUAUGUUUGCAUGCUGCGCUGUCUCGUCCAUCUGUCGCGUUAUCGGUAGAAAUCAUGUCGCUGUACCAGCUAAUCAACAACAAAUACAGCGAGGAACGGCGGCGGCGGCUGCCUGGCCCAAAGUAUAACGACGGCUAUGAUGAUAGGCAUGGUCACUAUAUUGCCUUUACUGGCGAGAUGAUAUGGGGACGGUACACGGUGCAGGGGGUACUUGGUCGCGGUAGCUUUGGCACCGUUUUGAAGUGCUUUGAUGAGAAGCAUCAGGAGCAGGUGGCAGCGAAGGUGAUUCGCAAUGGGGAAUACUUUUACAAUCAAGGCCUUAUGGAAGUAGAUAUUGUGGCACGGCUGAACAGCCUUCCUUCCCUUGAGAACCUUGUCGUGCGUCUCGGGAAGGUCUUUGUUUGGAAGGGUCACCUAGUUUUGGUGUUUGAGAUGCUGAGCAUGAACUUGUUUCAGCUCAUUCAACGUACGAAUCAUAACGGGGUGAGCCUGGACCUCACUAGAAAGUUUGCCUAUCAGUUGAUAUUGGUCUUAAAGCAGUUAGAGGAACACAACCCGCCAAUUAUUCAUUGUGAUGUGAAGCCGGAGAACGUAGUGCUGCGGGACCCAAGUCGCAGCUCCAUUCGCUUGAUUGACUUUGGAAGCGCCUGCUACCUGCACCAGGGAGCAAAACUGUACAAAUACGUGCAGUCGAGGUUUUACCGUAGUGUGGAGGUGAUCCUGGAGCUUGGCUACGACACCGCCAUUGACCGUUGGUCUCUUGGUUGCAUGCUGGUGGAGUUGCACACCGGUGUCCCGCUCUUCGCUGGAAAGAACGAGUCUGACCAACUUGCCCGCUUCAUUGGGGUGCUUGGACCUUUACCCGAUGACAUGAUUGAACGAAGUGCAAAAAAGGAUGCCUUUUUUUUGGAUUCCCGGCAGUCACAGCAGGGAACAUGUGUGCAGCACUCUGCAGGGACGGAGCGAAGUGCUGCCAUGACAGGGUCAACCCAGCAACGGGAACACGCCGCCUCCCCGUCUCCGGUCAUUGCGGCCGAGGUGCUUCAUAGCUUGUCCGUGACGUCGUCGAUCUCUGUUGUCACCACUGCCUCUACGGUCCCGGUGUGGUCCUGCGCUGAUCACGCGGAUGUCGCCACCACAACAAUGGGAGCUCCACAACUGCAACAACAGCAACUAUUUGGAGCAGAAGCCGUGCGAGCAGCCACGACAACGACAGCUUCUGCGGCGGCGGAGGGACGGCAGGUGUCUAGAACCACCCCAUUAUCCGCACGCGGUGGCAAUACCUGUGGCACUGGCGCGAACAACAACAAUAGUAACAGCAAUACAAUGGCCGUGCCUGUGUUGCGUCGCCCACGAACGACUCUUGCGAUGUCGUCUAACGCCAAGAAGGAUGAUGUGGGAUGCACAACAAUGACAGCGGGAGGGACGCUCACGCCCACGGCAACGCGAAGGUGCAAGCAUACCACACCUAAGAAUCCACCGCAGCAGAAGACGCUUCAUAGCGCUAGUAUCUCGUCUACCACAGUCCCGAUGGCAACAUUGCCGACGCGGCCUGCAUUGGCGGGGCGGCCUUCUACUAUCAUGCCAAGGCCUCGAUUGACCUCAACAAGUCAUGCGCCGGUGCACAACGAGGGGGCUUUGCCCCCCUCUACAGGGGGGAGUCGUACGGGGGUGCAGCAGACGGUAGUGACGGCAGAGCUACAGCAAAAACAGCAACAGCAAACAAGUGCGGCACCGCCGAAGAGCCCGUUUGUUCUCCGCUGUCCGCCUGCCCCCGAGCAGUGUCAAAGUCUCGAGGAAAUCAUUGGGGUGUACUCGGGUGGACCGCGCGGUUGCCGUCAGGGGCAGGCGGGACAUGGUGUAGAUGACUACAAGGUGUUUUUGGAUUUUGUCCGGCGUUUGCUUUUGUACGACCCACGGAAGCGCAUGAGUUGUACGGAGGCCUUACAACAUCCCUUCCUUUCAGAGUUGGAGAUGCAGAAGCAGUGGAGGUACUUGGGUGGGCGGGCACCGUAG